AGUGGUUUAGUAUCUGAGCAUCAUGGCUGACAAAGAAAUAGAAACAGCGCUUGGCGUUGUGCAAAACGUUGUGUUUUGUCAAAGUACAGAAGAGUCGCAGAAAAACUAUAGAAAAUGGAGCACGCAGUACGACAAUGACAUGACUAUACUUGGUACAUCAAACACCACAAAAAUAGUAGAAAUGUUUUCUAAACUUGUAACAGAUUCGGAAAAUUUUGCAGUACUAGAUCUUGGCGGUGGAACUGGAAUAGCAGCUUCUAAUCUCCGAAAUCACGCUGGGUUUAAAGGAGAAUUGGAUAUUUUAGAUGCGAGCAUCCAUAUGUUGUAUGAAGCAAGCCAAAAAGACAUUAAUUUGAGAAAUAUUAUUUGCCACGCUGUAACCGAAAAUGGGAAUCUCCCUCUUCGUGACGAAAUGUAUGACGUUAUUAUCAGUUCGGGAGCAUUUUUACCAAAUCAUAUACCAGCCAGUUCAAUUUUUGGAAUAAUCAACGUUAUCAAACGAGGUGGUUUACUACUGAUUACAAGAAGAUUGAAAACCACAGAAGGAUACGGCCAACAAUUCGUAAAAAAUGUUGAAAAGUUAUGCUCGGAGAAAAAGUUGAAAUAUGUCGAUCAUAUGGAGUAUGUACAUUUUACAAAAGUUGAAGAUAAAUUUCCGUCUGGCUGUUUUGCCUAUCAACGGUUGUAAAGUGAAAUCUGUUGACUUUUUCAUCGUUGUUUGUUUAAUUAGGUGAUUAAAAAUUUGGAGUAAAACGGGUUGUUUUAACACAACAUUAUAUGAUGCUCCGUACUUCUAUAAACGUUGUGUUUAGAAUAAAUAAAAUAAAUAUUAGAAGAAAA